UUUUUUCGGCCGCGCGUGCGCGGCACCAGCUCCCCUUUCGCUCUGAACACCUCAGGGGCAGCGAAGAAGCGGCGGCUACCGCCGGGCUGCAGGGAAGCAGCACUUGGGUGGGCAGACCGGGAGAGCCAGGCAGGCAUGGCCAGCACGUUCCGUGGAGCGGCACGGAAGAACUCCCAGGGGAGCCCGCUAGGAAACCAAGCGCUUCCCGCCGCUUCCUCCCGCGCGCCCGCCUUCCGCCGGGGCCGCUCCCGGUUGGCUGCCGGGCGGCCCAACCCGGGUCUGCGUGGAACGGCCCAUCGACUGCAUGGGGUGGGAAUUAACAGCGCGCUGGCGCCUGAGCCGGCCCUUUCCGAGGCCGAGCCCAGCGCUUCCCCCCUAAGGGGAAUGGUUCGCCCCCGUCACAUGGUGCCGGCGGCGGCGCAGCGCCGGCGCGCGCCUCACGUGCUGCGGACGGUCAUGGCCGCGCUGCUGAGCUCCGCCGGGUGCCUCCGGGCGCUGCGUCCGCGCCUCCCGCCGCUGCUCCCGCCGCUCCUCCGGCCGCCCGCCGCUCCCGCCCCGCCCCCCGGCCCCGCCAGCAGAAAUAUUGUUAACCAGAUAAGGUUCCUUACACUUGCACCUCAAGAGGAAGGAAGUGUUAAAGAAGAACUGGUUUCAGAAGUUCAAACCAGACCCACCUGGCAGUUUGACUGGGCAUUAAAUAAAGUGGAUAACACUAUCAGAAAAACUGGCCGCAUCCCUAAAACUCUUUUACUAAGAAUCUUCCAGGAAAUAAGCAAAGCAGGAUGUCCAGAGAGUAACCAGACCUUACUUUUGUUACAAAGCUGUGGUGCUGUCUUACCAGAGGUAUUGUCACCUGAAAGGACAGAACUGGCCCAUAUGAUAUGGGACAAGAUGAAAGAGCUUGGUGCUGUAUAUGAUACAAGCCAUUACAAUGCUUUGCUUAAAGUCUAUCUUCAGAAUGAGCACAAGUUUUCUCCAACAGAAUUUUUGGCCAGGAUGGAGGAAGCUAAUGUGCAGCCCAAUCGAGUGACAUACCAAAGGUUGAUUGCUGCUUAUUGCAAUGAGGGGGACAUUGAAGGAGCAAGUAAGAUUCUUGGAUUUAUGAAGAGCAAAGAUCUCCCCAUCAAUGAGGCAGUAUUCAGUAGCCUUGUGAAAGGACAUGCAAGAUCAGGAGAUAUGAAGAGUGCAGAAAACAUCCUUUCAGUGAUGAGGAUGGCUGGUGUUGAACCAGGUCCAGACACCUAUUUAUCACUGCUGAACGUGUAUGCUGAAAAGGGUGAUGCUGAUAGCAUCAAAAAGACUCUAGAGCAGGUUGAGAAGACUGAAGGGUACUUUAUGGACAGGAUUUUGAUGCAGGUGAUUCUUAGUCUUGCCAAGGCUGGCUUUCCACAGCACAUUGAGGAUAUUAAAGGACGCAUAAAAUUUGAAAGGGAAUUAAUUCCAGAUGUAAUGAACCUGUGUUUGACUCUGAUAACUCACGGCUUUGAAGAUAUCAGCUUCAGUAUUUUGAAGUCUUUAAGUCAUUUAUCACGUGAAGAUAUGGACCAAGGUAGCUUCUUCUUGCAACAUUGUGUAAAUAGAGAUCUGCCUGUGAACAAGCUGAAGCAAUUCUGUAAUGAAUUAAAAGAUGCGAAGAUGCACUCGGCACCAUUACCAUUUAUCUUGCGUUGUGCUUUGGAAGCAAACAAAUCAGCUUUGGCCAUUGAUGUAAUGAAGAUGAUGAAGGAGGAAGGCUUGCCACUCCGACCUCACUAUUGCUGGCCACUGCUAGUUGCAUACCAGAAAGAGAAUAAUCUUAAAGGUAUCUUUGAGGUCCUCAAAGUGAUGCACAAAUUGGGGGUGGACCUUGAUGCAGAAACAUAUACAGACUAUGUUUUUAAAAACUUUGCUGAUACUGAAACUGCCCGUGCCCAGCUGAAGGAAAAUGGCUGCCUGUUUGAAGGUGUUGGGUUCUAUGUGGCAGAACUAAGAAGUGAAGCACUACAGGGGAGACUGGAUAAAGUUCUUUCUAUAUUGUCUUCAGCAAACACACCUUCUAUCGAUUGGCGUCUGUUUAGAAGCAGCCUCAUUUUGGGUUUUAAAAGCUCAGAUGAUGUACAUCUGUGGAGCGAGAUAACAGAACUGUUGUACAAGGAUGAACGUUAUUGCCUGACGCCUCCAGGACCAACUGAAGCUGUUGGCUAUUUUCUUUAUCACUUGAUUGACAGCAUGAGUGACUCAGAGGUACAGGCCAAGGAGGAGCGUUUGAGACAAUACUUCCAUCAGCUGAAGAAGAUGAAUAUAGUUAUCCCUACAAGCCACUACAGCGGCAUUUGCAGACUGCUGGACUCCUCUCAAGUUCCUGAAUUAAUUAAGGAUGCAAGGUUACUGUGUCAUAAAAAAUCUCAGUCUACAGACAACAUUCCAGAAAGUGCUAAAUCUGACGUGUCUGCUUUGGAGAAGAAACUAGAAAAGCGAAAAGCUGAAAACCAGCCUAUUACAGAUGUCUUGAAACAACUCAUACAUGCUCUUUGUGAAGAAGAGAAUAUGCAAAAAGCCCUUGAAGUGAAAGCCAAAUACGAACCGGACAUGGUUGUCGGUGGCUAUGCAGCCUUAAUAAAUUUGUGCUGUCGACAUGAUAAUGUAGAAGAGGCAAUGAACCUGAAAGAAAAAGUCUUCCCUAAGAAUUCACCUGUUGCUCUUGACAGUGGAAAGUACGUAGCGCUGGUAGAAGUCUUAGAAAAGCAUGGUAGACUAGAAGAUGCUAUUAACAUUCUAACGGAGAUGAAAGAGAAGGAUGUUCCUAUCUCAGGCAGAACAGUUGCAUCUUUUCUCCGCAUUCUUAAUGCUGCUGCCAUGCGAGGUGAAGUUGAAAGAGUGAAUCGAUUGCAUGAGACCAUUGCAAACCUGGGGUUGGUGCAAACUGCUGCCCUUCAUUCCCCUCUGAUUACAGUUCACCUUGAAAAGGAUGACAUGCCUGCAGCUCUGGAAGCUUUAAUCAGCUGUUACAAGAAGUAUGGUAAAAUUCUUCAACUUCAUAACAUCUACUGUAAACUGGUAGAAAAAGGAGAUGCUGAUCUUCUGCAAAAGGUUUCAGAUUUUAUAAGCAGAGAAUAUGGUGACAUGAUGGCUCUUUACGAUCUCUUCUUCGCCUUCUUGCAAACAGGAAAAUACAAAGAGGCCAAGAAGGUCAUCGAGACUCCUGGCUUGAGAGCACAUUCUGGAAGAUUGCAGUGGUUUGCAAAAAAGUGUAUAUUAAAUAAACAGAUGGAAACCAUGGAACAGUUGGUAGAAUUAACUCGAAAUCUGUUUGAAUGUGAUAGAGAUGAGAUGUACUACCACCUGCUCGAACUGUGUGAGAGCAGCAAAAACUGGGGAAAGGCUGAAACUAUUUGGACUAAAAUUCAAGAAGAAAAUAUUGUUCCUCGUGAGAAAACAUUGAUUUUGCUUGCUGAUAUAUUUGAGAAAAAUGGUCAGGUUGUUCCAUUUGAGGUACCUAAGGGUAGGUCUGAAGAUAGCAGAAGUGCUACUAGUGGGGAAGAACUGAAAAUAUGGAUGCUUUGCAAGAAAAAUAAGGCAAAAGAGGCCUACAAUAUUUUCAGGAGAAUGCGGAAAUACGAGUCUCAUCAUUCCUAUGACUUCCUUAUAAAAGCAUUGUUAGCACAGAAUUGUCUUGAUGAAGCCCUUGAUGUGAAACGCAUUGCUGAGACCCACAUCAAGGGCUUCACACUGAACAGUGCUGCCAGCAGCCUCCUCAUCAUAUCGCAAGUUAGGCGGGAUUAUUUGAAAGAUGCCUUGGCUGUUCUAAAAGGAAUGCUUGACAGUGGUGUGUUGCCUACUAGACCAGCAGUUAUUGCUCUCAUUCAGGCCCUAGCAGAAAAAGGAGAUGUAAAGAACCUGCAAGUACUUGAAAACAUCCUGAGAGACGUCACAAAAUCACUUGGUUUAUCUGACUCACUAAUGCCUAAUGCAAUUGCAUUGGCUCAUACUAAAAGAAAUGACCUUGAUGCUGCUGUGAAAUACCUUGAGCCUCUGCUUAUCUCUGGUGCACAGAAUCCUGAUCAAGCUGUCAAAAGUAUUUCCUAUUUGUUAAGAAUGGUGUCUGAGGAAGGAUUAGAACCAGCUAUGGAAAAAUUUGGUGCGAUGGCAGAACGACUGGCCAGUCAGUUUGGAAUUUACAGACCUGUCACAGAUCUUUUCCUUCAGUAUAUCAGUGCAGACAGAGUGGAUGAUGCCAGAUCGUUGAUACAGAGGUGGGAUGCAAUAGUUCAGGAGAAGAGAACUUUGGGACAUUUUAUGUCUAGAUCAGCAUCUAAACCUGGACAGGCAAAGAGGAUUGAGACGCUUCUAGAACUGAUUCCUGAGCACCUUGAUCCAACAGUUGUGUACCGGUACCUGUUGAGAUGUUAUGAAUUGGAUGGGGAUGUUGCUUCUGUAAAGGCUACGUAUGAGAAAACUAAAGCGAAGAAUAUAGAGCUGCACGAGAUCUCUUUGAAAUCUUUAGCAACUUUUCUGAAGAAAGUAGGAGAGCCUGUCCCUUUCACUGAACCCCCUGAGACAUUCAAGUUCUAUGUGGAAAAAUGGAGGAAUAGAAGAUCAGAAGCAUCAUGAACAGACGAUUUUAUGAAUCAGUUGUUUAUGAAAUUGUUUAAAUACUAUAUUCAAUAAAAUCUUUAAAAAGCAUAUUAUGUGUAUUUUUUAAUUUAAAUCUGUGAUUAACAUCAUUUGCUGUAACUGCAGUUGAUAGAAACAUGUAUUAAUAGAAAUGCUGUUAAAAUUGCUAAUGAAAUAUCAAGGUGCAGCCCUCUGAGAUAUUUCUGUUUUGAUGUAUGAUCUGCUAUAAACACAACUCGGUUUUUUGCUCCUGUUGAUUUGCCUGAUAUAUGUAUAUCAAGAAAGUUGCAAGAGGGGUACAGAACUGUAGCUGAAGGAGAUUGUCUUAUCUUUGUUCUUUGCCUAAUUAGUCUGUUUUGGGGCGAAAAUGUAAGCGUGAAGAACAUCAUCUUCAGGAUUCAGCUGUAUCUACACAGAAAAUAAACAUUUUUUAAGUUUUC